CCUGGCAGGAGGCAGCCGGCUCGGAGCCGUGCGAGUGCGGCUGGCACAGGGGGCAGGGGAUGGGCCGGCCGGCCCGGGGCGCUCCGCAGGGACCCCGGGGUGAGCCAGGGCAGCCCCGGCCGGGCACGGGCACCUGCAGCCGGCGCGCCCAGUUGCCUGAGGGAGCGGUAAUUCCUCCUCCUCCUCCUCCUCCUCUCGUUCAUCAGGUGCCUCAGUGAAGAGAAGAUAAUUCCGAGAGACCAGAGAUGCCUUGGCCGAGCAGAAAGAGAGACAAAGGAGCAGUAGCAGAUAAAAAAGAGCCUGAUGCUAAAAUUGCCAAAACCGAGGAGGAGACUUCGGAUAAGGAGGAAGAAGAGAAGUCUGCAAAACCUCCAGCUGGGAGCUCCAAGUCAGGCUGGAAGAACUGGAAGAAAAAAGAAUCUGAGUCUGGUGGGGAGGAAAGCAAGAUCACAUAUUGUCACUGGCUGCUGAAAUCAGAACCUGAGAGCAGGCUGGAGAAGGGGGUGGAUGUGAAGUUCAGUGUUGAUGACUUGAAAGCUCAGCCUAAUCAGACAACCUGCUGGGAUGGAGUGAGGAACUACCAGGCAAGGAAUUUCCUGAGAUCCAUGAAACUUGGGCAGCAGGCCUUCUUCUACCACAGUAACUGCAAAGAGCCUGGCAUUGUGGCCCUUGUCAAGAUCGUAAAGGAGGCGUACCCUGAUCACACACAGUUUGAUCAGAAGGAUCCUCAUUAUGACUCCACCAGCAGAAAAGAGAACCCCAAAUGGUCCAUGGUGGAUGUGCAGUUUGUGAGGAUGACCAAGCGCUUCAUCCCCCUCUCGGAGAUCAAGGCUCACCACCUGGCACACAAAGCUGAUGGGGGCCCCCUCAAGGACAUGAUGCUCUUCACCAGGCAACGUCUGUCCAUCCAGCCCCUGACACAAGAGGAAUUUGAUUUUGUCUUAAGCCUGGAAGAGGAAAAGCCACAUUGAAGCAGCACAGCUCCCACCCAGCCCGCUGAUGCCUCCUCCUCCACCAGCACAGCUCUCAAGUUUACCUGCUCAAGCACCACAAACGUGCCCGCCCAAGAUCUGAAGCCACACAUCCCUUCCCUGACACACUGUUAUUUUUUGCUUAUUUUUUCAAUAAAUAAAGCCUUUUGGAAUCAA